AUGUUAACAUUGCCUUCGUCAUCUCAUACCGUCGAGGUCUUCGCUCUUUCAGCAGGCACCCUCGAGCUCCCUGACCGCUGGCUCUUUGAGGACGGAGACAGUGAUACGCAGAAGUUCCGCCAAUAUUCCCCGGACUUCUGCUUCUUGGUGGUGCAUAACUCUGGGAGAAAAUUGCUCUUCGACCUGGGCAUGCGCAAGGACCUUGAGAACAGCCCAAAAGUGAUUCGAAAUGACUAUCCACUUCUUGAUCCAAUAGUUGAAGAGGAUGUAAGUGAUAUAUUGAACAAGGGGCUUCAUAAAGCAGAGACCGUCACGGAUAUCGUCCUCUCGCAUCUACAUUUCGAUCACAUUGGGGAUUGUACACGGUUUCCAAGGGCGUCAUUGGUAACUGGCCCUGGUAGCAGAGCCGCCACCUCCCCAGGGUAUCCCAUUGAGCCUCUCUCACCCUUCUCUGCCGACGUUCUGAGUCAUAAUGGUUACCAAGAGUUGACAUUUGAAAAACACACCUGGUUCUCCAUGGGCCCCUUUUCCCGUGCAUAUGAUUAUUUUGGUGACGGGAGUUUUUAUCUGAUAGACACGCCAGGCCAUAUGCCGGGACACCUAGGAGCCUUAGCACAGACGAGCAAGGGUGAAUGGGUAUUUAUGGGAGGCGAUUGCUGUCACCACCGUUCACUACUGUCUGGAGCUCGACCAGUCAGUGUGUCCAUGGGACCUAAUGGUACCUCAAGCUUUCAUAAAGAUGUUUCGACGGCUAUCAAAACCAUCGGCACUGUGCGAGAGCUCGAUUUGUACGACAAUGUACUAGUUGCGCUAGCACAUGAUGGGUAUCUCAUAGAUAGAAUGCCUCUGUAUCCCACAUCACUAGUGGGCUGGAAAGGAAGUGAAUGGAAACAGGAACUGGACAAGGUGUUGAAUGGUCAGAACAAUUGA